CUCCCCUACUUACGGUGGUAAAAAAAAACCCAGAAAUUCAUUUAGGUUAAUUUUGACUCCGUCACCUCCCACUAUAUUUAAACAACCGAAUCACAUUGGUUUAUGUCCCCGAUUAACUCUUCUUCUCCUUCUCUUCCCUUCCUCCGUCUUCCCCAUUCUCUGGUGUUCCCUCAUUUCUCCGGUCAGCCAUGGCUUCCCUCCACGAUUUCGUCAACCUCGACCUCUCCGACACCACCGAGAAGAUCAUCGCCGAGUACAUCUGGGUUGGUGGAUCUGGUAUGGACAUGAGGAGCAAAGCUAGGACUCUGCCCGGACCAGUGACCGACCCGUCCGAGCUACCCAAGUGGAACUACGACGGCAGCUCCACCAACCAAGCCCCCGGCGAUGACAGCGAAGUCAUCCUCUAUCCACGAGCGAUCUUCAAGGAUCCCUUCAGAAAGGGAAACAACAUCCUGGUCAUAUGCGAUUCAUACACCCCGGCCGGCGAGCCAAUCCCAACCAACAAGCGGGCCAAAGCUGCCGAGAUCUUCAGCAACCCCGACGUUGAAGCCGAGGAACCAUGGUUCGGGAUCGAGCAGGAGUACACACUUCUGACGAUGAGCAAGUGGCCUCUUGGCUGGCCCGAAAAUGGCUACCCUGGCCCCCAGGGACCUUACUACUGCGGAAAUGGAGCUGACAAGGCAUUCGGAAGAGACAUCGUCGACGCUCACUACAAGGCCUGCUUGUACGCCGGAAUCAACAUCAGUGGGAUCAACGGCGAGGUCAUGCCCGGCCAGUGGGAAUUCCAAGUUGGACCUUCUGUCGGCAUUUCUGCUGGUGAUGAGGUCUGGGCCGCUCGUUACAUCCUCGAGAGGAUUACUGAAAUCGCAGGAGUUGUGGUCAGCUUCGACCCUAAGCCAGUUCCGGUAUGUGACCUCGUACCAUUUUGCUUUUUCUUUCUUCUGCUAGCCACGACGACGUUGGUUGGUUCAUCAUGUCGAUUAGCGUGACGACGAGAAUGUCUUGAAUCUUUUUUGUCUAGGGUGAUUGGAACGGCGCUGGUGCUCACACUAACUACAGGUUUGUGUUGUGCCCCUAUACCUUGACUGGAACUAGUUGUGUACUUGUUUUGUGUUGAGUCGGAUUUGUUGUACUGUUGUGUAAUGUCGUAACGCGCGCAGUACCAAGUCGAUGAGGGGCGACGGUGGUAUCGAUGUGAUCAACGCCGCGAUCGAGAAGUUGGAAGCCCGCCACACCGAGCACAUCGCUGCUUAUGGCGAGGGUAACGAGAGACGAUUGACCGGCAACCAUGAGACUGCUAGUAUCAACCAAUUCACUUGGGGUGUAGCCAACAGGGGAGCGUCGGUUCGUAUCGGUCGCGACACCGAGAAGCAAGGAAAAGGUUACUUCGAGGACAGAAGGCCGGCUUCCAACAUGGAUCCCUACGUUGUCACAUCCAUGAUCGCCGAGACCACCAUUCUCCCUGCAGCUUGAAAACAACAACCCUAAUCAAACAAUUGUUUCUCUUCUUGUAAAAUUGACACAUUUGAAAAUCAAUUUUGUCUUAUUAAUGGUCUCCUUUUCCGAUUUCGAGUCGGGUUGGGUCAGGUAAUUUAUCCCGGUUCGAUUUGGUCAACGGGAUUUUUUUUUCCUUUCUGUUUUCUUUUUCAGCAAUUUCUUUCUACGGUAAUAAUAAUAAUUAAAAAAAUCCAAUUUUGUUUUUUCCCUAAAA